AUGAGCGCGCCGGCUCAGCAAAACCCAAGAUCACAAGCACCAGCGGUAGCUGGUACGAGACCCCAGGGACAGACUGGUUUACAACGUCGACGUGUUUAUGACUUUGCAGAGACUGCUGAAAAAAUAUUAGCCAAGUAUGCUGAUGAGCCGGCUAGUCUUGAUUUGCAUAUACAUCAUACACAUUAUAGAUUUGGAAAUCAAGAGGGCAUUCUACAGAAAAACACUUCUGCUAUCAAAACAUUUUUUGAAUAUAUAGCAUCGGGUGAGAUUCCUCCUGCAGCGACCGAAGUAUUCCGUGACUCGGGAAUCAGGUUUUAUAGUGGUUGCAUUAUUGUCAAACUAAUUGAUCAUAGAAGCCUACCUGUUCAAGCUGGACAACAGCAAGAUGAACGUGAAACAUCAGGCGACAGCUCCAAGUCAUCAGGAACAGUGGCCAAUUCUAAUAGCAGCACCAACGUAAAUGGUAAUAAUAAGCCGGAGGCGAGUAAUUCCUCUAGCGUGGCUACGGCAUCUAAAUCUCCGGAACCUGCAUCAUACCGAGUGUUGCUUAGGCCAACGUCGUUGUCACUUUGGCAUGAUCUUUUAUAUACGGCAGAUACAAGUCAUGGAAGGUUCACUGACCAGCUGGCUCUUAAUAUGGAAUCUGAAAUUCUGACACUAACGCAUCGUAACGUUGAUCUUCGUGUUUUUGAACGACCACGGGCCACUUUUGAAGAAUAUUCCCUUUUUGAAACAAACAAUAUAGCUAAAAAGGAGAUCAAAAAGACUUCUCUACCUGUUGAAGACUCCCGUAGGGAUAGUCUACGACAACUGCAUAAAUACAGACUUACGGUACCUAAAAAGAGAAAAGGUUUACAUGAAGAUCUGGUUCAUCAUGGCACUGAGUAUGAAGAGCUUAUGCUCACCAUGGAUGACAAGCGACAGGCAACUGCGAAUCCUACUGGCGGUGUUUCUGGUGGACAGUUUAUGAGAUUGAGUUUUAUUGAACAACUACGGAAAAAGAAAGAGAGAAUGAGGUUAUUGGGUCAACAACAGCGAAUACAACAACAGGUCCAGCAACCCCAGGGAGGUGCUGUUAGUCCUGUGGUUUCUGCUUCUGCUCAACCUCAGCAACCCGGACAAACUCCAUAUGGCCAAGGAGGAAUCAAGCAACCUCAGGCGCAAACCCAGGCCCAAGCUCAAGUUCAAAUGCAGAUGCAAAUGCAAUUACAACAUCAACAUUCUCAACAACACCUGCAACAGCAGCAGCAACAACAACAACAGCAGCAGCAGCAGCAGCAGCAGCAUCCACCACAACAUCUUCUACAGCAACAGCAGCAGGCAGCUGCAAAUGGAACCUUUAUGACAGGAGCCUCGACCGUAUCAAUUAAUAGGCCAACAUCAUUUUCCUCAGGGUUAGUCUUCGAUAGUAAUUCCGACAAGCGUAAUAAUGGAGGAAAUGGGUCGGCUAGUUCACCAGGCAACAAGGCUGGUCAGAAGGCUGCUGCCAAGCCGAAAGGAAAACAAGCUGGUAAAACAGUGCCGGGAAAGACUAUCCCUGGAAAGACCGUUCCAGGCAAAACAACAACGAUACCCACAGCCAAGCCUCGGGCUCGUGCCAAAAAAGAUCCUAAAGACCCUAAAGCCAAAAAGACUGUUCCAGGGUCUGUACCUAAUAAUUAA